AUGUCGACUAAUGCGACAAAAAACAUCUGGUUUGGAGUGUGGCUUACUGAGUUUCUUCUGAUGUUUAUAAUCAACGCCUUCACUCUCAUUAUCUUUGCAAGAACUCUCCAGCUGCGCAAGCGCAGUACGUACCUGAUAAUAAACCUGACUGUAGCUGAUCUACUGAUAGCAGGCAUUUCAGGACCUGAAGCCCUUUGGGUUCUUAAAACAGAGAAAAGACCGGAACAUGGCCUCAGAGCUUUACAUUUAAUAAUCUCUGACAUGUGUUGGAUAGCUUCACUGGGUAACCUAGUUUUAAUUUCUUUAGAGCGAUUACACGUAACACUAUACCCAUUUAGGCAUUAUUGUUUAGUUGAAAAACGAAUUCACUAUACGAUUAUCAUUUUUAGUUGGUUGGGAGCUUUGACUCUAGCAUGUGUUCAACACAUCAUUCGCAUGAAUGAUUCGGCCCUCGCAGAUCGAUACCCCUGGAUAAUUUAUGUUGCUCUUACCCUUGCAGUGCUAACAACAUCUUACGUUAUAAUAAUUUCAAAAUUUAUUAGAAGACCUCAUGUCCAGCAGUUAGGGUCAGUUAUGUCAGCAGAAAGAAAACUUUCAGUAACUUUAUUCAUAGUUAGUGCUGCCUCUAUACUUACUCUUCUUCCCUGGGUAAUAAUUAUUUGUAUCUCGAUAAGUUCAGACCGUUACUUAUGGAGUAAGUUCACACCUAUGAAGAUAGCAUCAACAUUUUAUCACCUUAAUUCUAUCUUUAAUCCAGUGAUCUACGCAAUUAGAUUGCCAGAAUUCAGGAGACCUUUGAAGGAGGUUUUCUGCAAAAACACUUCGUAUCCAGUAAGGCGGGACCAACCUAUUGAACUUCAAGCAAUUUAG